UGUGCCGUUUUGGAGAUAUGAUGAGAGGCGGCUUCUUCAACCGCUUCUUUGGCUCCCAUUUCUGCUUGAAGGGAGGGUUAUCUAUUGAAUUGUAAUUAGAAUUGUUUCAGUAUUUCAUAGAAAAUGAACAAAAGAAAAAAACUUGUUUGGAAAGGCCUAUUUUCACUUCGGGUACAUUCGGAAAUUUUGGUCGCUCUUUUUACACCGGUAGCGCAAUCGGAGUUUCUUGAAAAAAUACUAAUGCUAGUGAAACAGGGAGAACGUGUUGAUAAAGUUAACUGCAAUAGCAAACCUCUCAUGAAUUAAUUUACUUCAAUUUUUUGCAGUUUAGAGAAACAAUUAACUCGGGGAAGGAGACUGGUGUUAUUAGCGACACAGGAUCCAAAGGUCCCGAGCGAGAAACCUACAAAUUUAUCCGGUUCAAGUAUUGCGCCUUCUAUAGACUAUUCUUUUUCGGAUUUAUCAUCAAUUGUGACUGAUUCAUAUGUUGAUCCUACUUACGACCAUACGAAAGAUGUAAGCGAUGAUAGUUCAUCCUCAGCAUCCUCUUCCUCAUUACGAUCGAUACGAUCUGUUACAAUACCUAUGCAAGAGCCUGUAAUAGGUAAUGCAGACAAUCAUGAUAAGGUAUUCCAGUGGUUGAAUGUUUCUGAAAAUCAACAACAAGAGGAACAUGCAUCCAAUGCCGAUGAAUCAAGUUCAUUACAAACAGUAUCUAAUGCUUCAUCAGCCCGUGCAAUUCAUAUAAUUUCCGAUGUACAACUCAAAAAGCCAAAUUCAAGGCCAGGCGAUAAACUCGAAAAGAGUGAUGAAAAUUCAUUUCAACCAAUAAGUGAGGUGUUCCCUCAGGACUUAGAAGUCCCUUCCAACUCACAGUCAGUAAAGGCCACAUUGCAUAAACUGCGGUGGAAAAAGAAAAAGACAUAUUGCAAGUUUUGUAACGAAUCCGUUACAAACUUUGAGCGUCACUUACAAAGGAAUCACGCAGAAUGCAAGGAAGUUAUAGAGUUCCUCAGUUUUCCAAAGAGAAGUCAGGAAAGAAAGACAAUAAUUACGUUACUGCGAAAUUCUGGGCAUUUUGACGAAUUUUUAAGAGGAAACGUUCUACCUGUAUAUAGAGGAAAUAUUAGUAAGUCUUUGGAAUACUAUCCAUGUUCACAUUGCAAAGGUGUAUUUGCAAAAACUUACCUAAGCCGUCAUACUAGAAAAUGUGUAAUUAAAGGGAUUACUGAUGGUUUAGGACGCAAGAAGCAUCUAGCAAAAUCUCAAACCUUAAUCGCGUGUUCAUUACAAAGAAAUUCAAAUAUUCAAAAACUUAGGGUAGUAGAAGAAGUUUUUAAUAUAAUGAAAGUGGACGAAAUAUCUUUGGUAGCAAAGACUGACGUAUUAAUCGCCCAAUUUGGGGAAAAUUAUUUAAAAAAACAUAAGAGGCAACAGAUGGCUACAGUUUGUUCUAAUAAAAUACGCGAACUCGCGAGAUUUUUGAUACAAUUUAGGGAGAUUACUAACAAUAGUAGUUGUAGUCUAAUGGAUACCCUUAACCCAGUUUUCUUUGAUACUGUGAUUGAAUGUGCCAAAAAACUGGGAGGUUAUGAUCCAGUUACUAAAAUGUAUCGUGCUCCUAGUCUGUCUACACACAUAGGAACUUCAUUGAAACAAUCAAGUGAGAUACUAAUCCGAUUAUUAUUAAAAGAAGAUGCUUCCGUGAAAUGUAACGAUAAAGAAAAAAAAAUUAAAGAAAUAAAAAGAUUUAAAGAUUUAAUUAAUAGUCAAUGGACUACAGAAAUUGCCAGUCUUGCUAUCAAAAACCUGAAUGAGAAAAAAUGGGAAAAACCAACAAUUUUACCUUUAACUCGUGACAUAUUAAAGUUUAAGGAAUUCCUUAUAACUGUUGCUAAUCGCUCGGUUGCUACGCUAAGAGAAAACUCAAAUAAUGUGAAAGCCUUUAAAGAGCUUGUGGAAGCUUCCCUAGCGCUAACAGUUCUUUACAAUAGAAGGCGCAUUGGUGACGUGCAGUAUGCUACAUUGCAGAAUUACACAUCCAAUUUUAGCACCAUAAAUCAGGAAGAAUGCAUUAGCGCGCUCUCCGAGUCUGAAAAGGUUCUAACCAAACAUUAUAAAAGGAUAGUAACAGGUGGAAAAGGCAGUAGGGCAGUAGUUAUUUUGUUUCCUAUACAAAUUCGGGAGUACAUUGAUUUAAUCAUAGAUACACGGAAUAAAACUAAUUACGUUCCCGACAAAAAUCCAUACCUGUUCUGUUGCCCUGAUUCCCUAAAGUGGGUAAGGGCUGAUACUGCGAUCAGAAAAUUUGCAUUGAAAGCCAAGUUAGAGCAACCUCAGCACAUUUCCUCCAAUAAAUUGCGUAAACAAAUAGCAACGGUGAUGCAAAUACUAAACAUGAACAAAGAAGAAACCGAGCAGUUUGCUCAAUUCAUGGGUCACACAGAAAAAACCCACAAUGAGUUUUACAAAUUACCACAAGAUGUCUAUCAAACAGCAAAAAUUUCUAAACUUCUUAUCAUGAUGGACAAAGGUACUGGCAAAAAAUAUAAAGGAAAAUCACUGGACGAAAUACAAAUCGAUCCUGACACAGAGUUGGCAGAACUUGGGAAUUCUGACUCUGAAGAUGAAGCAGUGCCUACUACUAAAGACGUUCUAUUAGAAGAAAAUCUGUUGAGUAAUACAUCACCUCGUAAGGAAAAUAAUAUUGCAAUUGAGAGCACUUCAAAAAAAAGUGGUGGACGUGGUCGCUGGAGUGCUGAACAAAAAUCAGUUGUCACGCAGUAUUUUAAAGGACAUAUAAAAUCAAAGAAAGCUCCGAAAAAAGAAGAGUGCGAGAAGCUAAAGAAACUCCAUGGGUUGCUUAAAGAUAAGGAUUGGGUACAAAUUAAAACUUUAGUUUACAACUCAUAUAGAUAAGUACUACUGUCAUACGCAGAGUUGGACUGGGUCACGUCAUACUCUCUUCAGUUAGACCCAGCGACCCAAUUUCACCCGGGGACCCAAUUUGACCCAGUAACCUAGUUUGAUCGAA